AAGUAGAGCCUGCUCACAUGGAGGUGGUUCAGAAGGGGCCUGUUCAAGUAGAGCCUGCUCACAUGGAGGUGGUUCAGAAGGGGCUUGUUCAAGUAGAGCCUGCUCAGGUGGAAGUGGUUCACCAGGAGUCUGCUCACAUGGAGCUGAUCCCUCCUAUGGAGACUGUCCACAUGGAGGAGGUUGUUCACAAGGGGCCUUCUCACGUGGAGCUGCCCCCUCCUGUGGAGUCUGCUCWUAUGGAAGAGGUUCAGAAGGGGCCUGCUGAGAUGGAGCUGCCCUCUCCUAUGGAAUCUCCUCUUACAGAGGAUGUUCAGAAGGGGCCUCUGCAGAUAGAGUUGCCUCUACCCAUGGAACCUGUUCAGAUGGGGCCUGUUAACAUGGAGUCUGUUCAGAUGGAAGUUGUUCAGAAGGAGACUGCUCAGAUGGAGCUAUCUCCUCCCAUAGAUCCUCCUCUUCACAAUGAGCCAAUUCCCAAAAAGACUUCUCCCCGAAAAGAUAACAGAAAGGAAAGGUCCAAUAUGCAGAGUGAAAUGACACGUAAGGAGCAAGUCCUUAUUGAAGUAGGCUUAGUGCCUGUUAAAGGUAGCCAGAUUCUAAAGGAAAAUAAAAGCACACAGGAACUUUUGGCAUCAUCAACACCACUGCCAAAGGAAGACUUAAGAGAGGAGGAGUCAGAAGACCAAAAAUUACUCUCAGAAAGUGAAGGAAACAAAGAAGAUCCUUUUCUGAAAGUAGGAACAGAAGAAGCAGAGAAGAGUGUAGCUGAUUCCUGUACCAAGGAAUCUAGUACUAGUGUUUCAUCUUCUGGACAAAAGUUGAAUAUGCCAGGGGGUGAAACUUUAGCUGAUAAGCAUCAGACUGACUCAGCUAUGCUUUGUGAAGUGGAAAUGGACACUGAUCAUAACCCAGCARAGAAUCUCCCUGAUAAAGACUCAGCAGUUGGAGAACCAGUUUCACCAUUGCUUCUUCCCCCACCAAUAGACGAACAUGAAGCAGUAUCCCAAACUGUGCUGGCUUCACCUCCUGUUACUGUGGCAGUAAAUGAGUCUCAGGAAAUUGAUGAAGAUGAAGGUAUCCACAGUCAUGACGGAAGUGACCUAAGUGACAACAUGUCAGAGGGUAGUGAUGAUUCUGGAUUGCAUGGGGCUCGUCCAGUUCCACAAGAAGCUAGUACAAAAGAUGCAAAAGAAGCCUUGGCAGGCAAAGGGACUGGGGGAGAUUUUGUUUGCAUCUUCUGUGAUCGUUCUUUUAGGAAAGAAAAAGAUUACAGCAAACACCUCAAUCGCCAUUUGGUUAAUGUGUAUUUCCUUGAAAAAGCAGCUAAAGGGCAGGAAUAAUUAAAGAUUGGGACAAGGUUCCAGUUCU